AUGUGUGAUGACGGUUGUAUACCAUUUCUGGCUGAUAAGAUUUGUGUUGCAGAAGGUAAUGAGCAGAAAAAGAAACGGUUAAAGACUGACUCAGAUAUUUCAAGGCUAUCUCCUAGUAUGCGAACUCAACUUGAGAAUUGUGCCAAUCUUAAGGGUGAACAGGUGGCAGCUAGGGUCACGCCACAUGAUGCUGAUAAAGAUGAAUGGUUUGUUGUAAAAGUGAUGCAUUUCGACAAGGAAACAAAAGAAUUUGAAGUGCUAGAUGAGGAACCAGGUGAUGAUGAAGAGGGUGGUGGCCAAAGAAAAUACAGGCUGCCUAUGGCAAAUAUCAUUCCUUUUCCCAAGAGGAAUGAUCCUAGUGGUGCUCCAGAUUUUCCUCAUGGAAAGCAAGUUUUGGCAGUCUAUCCUGGGACAACUGCACUUUAUAAAGCUACAGUAGUCAAUGGCUAUCGCAAGAGGAAGACAGAUGAUUAUAUACUGGAAUUUGAUGAUGACGAGGAAGAUGGAUCCUUACCUCAAAGGACAGUGCCGUUCCAUAAAGUGGUUACUUUGCCAGAUGGACAUCGCCAAUGAAUCGAGCUGUGAAUAAAGAAAGUAGACUCUGGCCUAAGUUACUAUGAGCCCGUUGUAUAACAAAGUUCUAUUUAUCCUCCCUUUUCCUACUUUCUCUUUUCGAGCCUGCACGGGAAUGGCGUUGAUGGCCUGUGUAAUUCUACAAGCAGAUUCUUCCACACUUCUCUACGUCCCACAGCCAUCAGGAAGAAGAAAAGAAAAGAACAGUAUAAACAGGACGUUUACUUGUGUCUUUUUUAAGUUAGAGAGACAGAGAGUUCCCCUUAACAUUACUGUUUUGUGUAUUAGCCGAAAAAUAGACAGCAGUUACAAAUGUAAUUCUAAAGUGGGAUUUGCAUCA